AUGGGAACAGGAAAGGACAAGCCAGAUUACCUCGCCACAGUGGAUGUUGAUCCAAGUUCGCCAUCGUAUUGUAAAAUCCUCCACAGGCUGCCCAUGCCUUAUGUUGGUGACGAGCUCCACCAUUCUGGAUGGAAUUCCUGCAGUUCUUGCCAUGGUGAUCCUUCGGCGUCACGCAGAUUUCUUGUACUUCCUUCACUUGUGUCUGGUCGAAUAUAUGCAAUUGAUACUCAAAAAGACCCAAAUGCUCCAAGUUUGCAUAAAGUUGUUGAGCCGAAAGACAUAGUACAGAAAACAGGAUUGGCUUACCCACACACUGCUCACUGCCUUGCUUCUGGUGAUAUCAUGGUGUCCUGUCUUGGAGACAAAGAUGGGAAUGCUCAAGGAAAUGGAUUUCUUCUGCUGGACUCUGAUUUCAACGUCAAAGGAAGGUGGGAAAAACCAGGCCACACCCCACUAUUUGGGUACGAUUUCUGGUACCAACCUCGGCAUAAGACAAUGAUCAGCAGCUCCUGGGGGGCCCCUUCUGCGUUCACCAAAGGUUUUGAUCUUCAGCAUGUCUCAGAUGGUCUUUAUGGGAGACACCUGCAUGUGUACAGCUGGCCCGAGGGCGAGUUGAAACAGACUUUGGAUCUUGGAAGUACUGGUCUGUUACCUUUGGAGAUAAGGUUUUUGCAUGACCCUGACAAGGAUACUGGAUUUGUGGGGUGUGCUUUAACAAGCAACAUGGUGAGAUUCUUCAAGAGGCCUGAUGGGUCAUGGGACCAUGAGUUAUCAGCAUCGGUGAAGCCAGUUAAAGUGCAGAAUUGGAUUCUUCCCGAGAUGCCUGGUCUCAUAACUGAUUUCUUGAUCUCUCUCGAUGACCGUUUUCUGUAUUUGUCGAACUGGCUUCAUGGUGAUAUUAGACAAUACAACAUUGAGGAUCCUGCAAAUCCUCGACUGACUGGCCAGGUAUGGGUGGGAGGUUCCAUUCGAAAAGGAGGCAACGUGACAGCUGUUGCUGAUGAUGGCACAACAUACCAGGUUGACGUGCCAGAUAUUCAGGGACAUAAAAUCCGAGGAGGGCCUCAGAUGAUACAACUAAGUUUGGAUGGAAAGCGACUGUAUGUGACGAACUCUCUCUUCAGCACUUGGGAUCGUCAGUUUUACCCUGAACUCGUGGAGAAAGGCAGUCAUAUCCUGCAGAUUGAUGUUGAUACCGAUAAAGGUGGUCUGGCAAUCAACCCGAAUUUCUUUGUGGAUUUUGGUUCUGAACCAGACGGCCCCUCGUUGGCGCAUGAGAUGAGAUAUCCAGGUGGAGAUUGCACCUCUGACAUCUGGAUUUGA